AUGGUCUACUUCGCAUACAGCCACGUGGCUUUCGUCACUCUGUUGGCAUUCGCAGCCAUAAAUUCAGGCGAAUCGAUGAAGGCAGCUGAAAUUAAAAAGAGGAUAGCAAAAACUGAACAAAAACUACCCGAAGCGAUUGCGGAGGUCGAAGCUGCUGAAAAGAGAGUGCAAAUUAUUGAAGAAAAGAUUCUCAGUCAAAAUGCAAGCUUACGAGGAAAAUUAGGAAAUUAUACAGACUGCCUGGAAACUGCAUACAAAUACAUGUGGGGAAUGCACACAUUUACACAUAUGGCAGACGAUCUCCGCGAACUUAAUGAUGGAACACUUGGUGAUAUGAUAACUUGUUGCCGACAACAAUCCUCAGCAUAUAAUGAAAAAGUGGAGGCGUUCCAUGUGGACAAAUGUCGCGCAAAUCUAGGUUCGGUGAAUCAAACAGAUCUGCAGGAACUGAAAACUCAAAUCGAAGGAGUAUUCUACCACAACUCCUGGUUAAGCACUGAAAUUUUUUACAAGAAUCUUAACACAACCCUGUUGAAGACGUUGACAGGUGAGAUAUAAUUUGCAUCAACUUCCAUUCUCAAACAUACGAAAUCGACAUGCGAGGAUAAGGUCUGUUAAUGGAGUGCACGUUUGAAUCUCCAAGACACGAAAUGGGAGACAGUCUGGAUGGGGGAUGAUGAGUCGGCGAAGCACAACACGGGAUUCGGAUAUUCACUACAACAGCUAGAUAAUAUUUUUCACCAUCGACUAUUCUCCCACCAUACAGCACAAAUAUAGGUCAAUGAGUGUGUGUUUCGAAUUCCGAUCUCGAAUGCGCCUGUUUAACCGAGUGAUGAAAGCAUCAUCAGUGGCGUUGUAAGUUACCGUGCGGAUAUCGUCCAAUGCAUAGUAUCUAGACAGUUGUAAAUAAACGGUAUCAUGAAUGUAUUAGAAUACACAUGCACAUUUCAUACGCGUCACUGAGAAAAUGCAAGCCAGCCAUUGAAAUCCACACGACGCAUAGUGAAUCAUUGAAAAGUAGCAACUCAUUGAAAUUAUCACUCACUGAAAAUAUCCCGAAUACUCGGAUUGUGUAAAUAAGCACACACACACACAGUUCACCAACAAUCAUCCUCCUCUCCAGUAUAUGAUUUUCUUGACUAUUUCACCAGUAAUAUUUCAUCCAAUAAUAUUGCUAGCUGAUUUUAUUCUCAUACAGAAAAAUGAAAAGGUGAACCA